CCUGCCACAGCCUACCCUGCCUCGCCAACCUCCCAGCAGUCUGACCAUGUUCAGCUGAAUACACCUCCAGAGGACAGGGGACAGGAUCUAGUUCAACCCAGGAUACCUCCCAAAACUUCAGUUCUGAUAGACUCUAAUGGGAAGUAUCUGGAAGAUAGGAGACUAUUCCCCAGACACCAGACAGCUAAAGUCUGGUGUUCCACUACUGACAGUUCAAUAAAACUGCUCUAUCAAGUCAAGCUGGAAAAUCCUGACAACCUUGUCUUACAUACUGGGACAAAUGACCUGCACACAAAAGGAGAAAGAGUGGCUGAGGAAGUGAGAAAGGUAGCAGAGAAAGCAUACACCCUGUUCCCAAGGACAAACAUUAUUAUAUCCACCCAGGAAAGAUCUCCUCUGGCAAAUGAUCAAAAAUAUCAACCAAAGAAUUACCACGGACUGCUCCUCACUACCAAAUGUCAGCAUAUCUCGCCACCACACCCUGACAUGUGAGCACUUGUACGUCCAUGUACACCUGGACCAUGAGGGAGUCAGAAUCUUUGCCAAGGACCUGAAGGACGUCAGGCAGAGUUCCACAAUCAUACCAGGACAGCAACAGAGCCCCACCACCUCCCUGCUAUUCAAGGAGAGAGAGGAGGCCAUUCUCAUCUCAGCUGAGCCAGACACAGACAUCACCAGCCCCUACCAAAAUGUCUGAGUCCAGCGACGCUAGACCCAGACCAGCUCAACCCGGCAGUGCCGGAACCAACCCAUCUCAACCCAGCGUUGCCGGACACAGCUCAGCUCAACCCAACACUUCACAGCACUGGAGGAGGAUACCCCAGCCCAUGCCUCAACCUCACUGACAGCCCACAUAUGCAGAGGCAGCCUCUGGUAAGAGACAUAUAGACCCUACAGCCAUCGGAGAGACAACCAGACCCGGCCCGCUUCAGCACAGAUCAAUCAGACCCGGCCCAUCACAGCACAGCUCAACCAGACAUGGCCCGCCUCAGCACAGCUAUACCAGACCCGGCCAGCCUCAGCACAGCUCAACCUGGCCCAUCACAGUACAGCUCCACCAGACCCGGCCCAUCAAAGCACAGCUCUACCAGACUAGGACCAUCACAACACAGCACAACCAGACCC